ACUGAAAGCUGCUGUCAAAACGUGGUGCGCGCGGCGAUGACCGCGCUAUUCAUUUUCUGUCUCUGCCAUCGCUAAAAAAACGGGAAAACUCCGGAUUGCGUCGUGUGUUACAAGUUAAUUUUUUAAAAGGUAAGAAAGAAUUGAUCAAACUGGGAAAAAUGGCUAAACGAGGUGCACUUUCGGAUCUGAACCACGACAACUGGAACGAGGAAGAAGAAUCAGAGGAAGCAGGUACGUUCUCCCAAGCCUCCGAGGCAGUACUCAAAUCGCGUGUCAUUAAAACGGCUCGUAGAAGGGCAGCCGACUCGGGAACUGGCUCAGCUACCGCUUCAGUUUUCAGCGGAUUCAAAGGAUUCGCGGGAGCAACAUCGACACCGGCUGUAACCAAAACGGGAACUCCAAGUCCGUUUUCGUUUCUGAGCAGCAUCAGCAAUUCUACUAAUGGGACACCGUCAGUUGCGCCGGCUGCAAGUGGUGGAUCAAUUGCAAGUGCUACCACAUCCGCUUUAGGUGCGAGCAUUUUCGCCAGUACGGAUCCGAACAAAAAAGUUUUCUCCGGUUUUGGAAGCCCACCUAAAUCAACAAAUACCGGUGGUGAUACCGAUUUCAAUGCUAAGAAAGAAAUCAGCAGCAACAAGUUGGAUGAUUAUGCGUCUAGUAUCAAGGCGCUGAAUGAAGCAGUAGCGAAUUGGAUUUCCGAAAAGGUAAAAGAAAAUGCCCUCUGCAAGUUGACGCCAAUUUUCACAGACUACGAGAAAUACUUAAAGGAAAUAGAGGCCAGAAAAGAGCAACCACCUGUCAAAGAUGCGGCAAAACCUUCCUCGACGGGAUUCACAUUUGGUAGCGGCACUCCUGCGAUUGGUGGAAAUUCUAGCGACCCAAAACCUGCCUCUAAGGAGGAACCAGCCAGCAAACCAUUUAGCUUUGGUUUUGGAACAAGUGGAUCAACCGGUAUUGGAUUUUCAUUUGCUAACGUUGCAAAGCCAGCAACAGGCGAGACUAAAUCCACUGAAGACAAAGAGGAAGGCGAUGGCGAUGGCGACGAAGAUGAACCACCGAAGGUGGAAUUCACACCGGUGGAGGAAAAAGAUAGUAUCUAUUCAAAACGUUGCAAGCUGUUCGUCAAAGCUGAGGGCACGUACUCGGACCGAGGUGUGGGCACGCUCCACAUCAAGAAGGUGGACUCCAAGGUUCAGGUUCUGGUACGAGCGGAUACCAGUCUCGGCAACAUUUUGCUAAAUAUAAUUCUCAACGAAAGCAUCCCGCUACAGCGGAUGGGUAAGAAUAAUGUGAUGAUGGUUUGUCUACCGGUGCCAGAAUCGAAACCACCUCCAACUCCAGUUCUGCUGCGGGUUAAGACCACCGAGGAGGCGGACGAACUGUUCGAAACAUUGUCCAAACACAAGCCCAAAUAGAUUUAAUUGAUUUUGUAUGUUUAUAAUAAUCUGCGACAUUAAACACACAAUUCUAGGGUAAGCAUUUGCAAUUUCUCGUUGUUAUGUGUGAUACGAUACACUAUUGUAAUAUCUUCUGUA